ACAUACCUUUUCAAAAAUGUGAUUAUUGUCCGUGUUGUCACCGUGGACUUUGUGAUGCAGCGGGAGGAGAGGAGGAGAAGCCGCCCACUCCCCACACAUGGCUCACCUCGUCCACACAACCAAACAGUCAGAGUAAAGGCGCGCAACGGCAGACGCAGGACGCUGCCUCCUUCCGCUCCGCACGGCGUUUCAUCGAAGGAGGAGACGAUUGGGUGGAAGCAUCCUCUCACUUGCACGCCGUGAUGAUGUUUUAACACGCUGCGAUUUUGAAGGAGUGGGUUGGGAAACAAAAGUGUUUCAUGGGGGAAAGGAGAGCUUUGUUGGCGCACGGGAGAGAGCUUUACGCGGAGGAGGGGAGCGCAGCUGCCGCUCCGCCAGCUCCGACGGACACGUCGCCCGUUCCUCCGCAUGGCAAAGUCCCAGAUUAUGCGCUCGUCUCCAGGCUACAGCGUGAUGCCAGAGCCGGGAUUUGUAUCGGGAUUGCCCACAACUAACACGGAUUUCCGAGUGCUGAAUGCCGCUAGCGUCUCGAGUGCACGUCAAGGAAUCGCCGGUCAUUAAAAAGCUAGUCCACCUUUUGCCCCGCUGUUGCUAUGGAGAACCUCAGUGAGCUCCAAAAUCCUCUGUUGGACAAAAAUAGCAAGCACAUGGUCAACGGUUACGGAGGUGAGUUCCCGAACAACCAGUACCAGGAGAACUUUAUCAACUACUUUGGUGGUGAGAGCGGCGGCGGGAAGCCGAGCGAUGUGGUGAGCGGCGGGGGCGGCUACAAUAGCAACGGCAAGAUGAAGUCGCAGCAGCUCUUGGACGCCACCUCGCUGCAUUUGGCCGUGGAGGCGUUCUACAGGCCCAACUUCAUCCUGUACAAAGAGGACAAUGGCAGCAUCAAGGCCAAGGAAUACAAAAGUGAGUGCUGCGAGACCACUUUCACGGAGAAGAAGGCCAAGGAGACGUCCAACUCGGGCGGAGGGGACGCGGCAAGCUCGGAGGAACCGCAGGCUAAGGUGCUGGAGGACGGUGAACACGUCAAGAUCCAGACGGUUUCGUACGAGGUGGAGGAAGAAGAGUACGUAGAGUAUGAGACAGACUGCUCCAGUGACAGCGAGAGCGAGGACAAUUUCAUCGUGGUGCCUCCGCGGGACCACCUGGGCUUGGCCAUCUUCUCUAUGCUCUGCUGCUUCUGGCCUCUGGGAAUCGCAGCAUUUUACUUUUCGCAGGGGACCACCAAGGCGGUGCACAAAGGCAACUUCCCGCUGGCGAACAUCGCCUCCCGACGGGCUCUGUUCCUGGCCGCCCUUUCCAUCACCAUCGGCACCGGCAUCUACGUGGGGGUGGUGGUGGCGCUCAUCGCCUACCUUUCAAAACCAGGACACAUAUAGCUGACACCGGUAUCCGUCGGGAACAGAAGAGCCCCCCCCCCCCGUACCCCCCGCGCCCAAAACCUGCAAAUUUAGAGCAACGUUUUUUGGUGGCUGUACAGUUUUCCCAUGCCACCCUCCUGAAGAUUCCCCAGAUUUAGCACAGCAGCAGGGAAGGGGGCAAGCUGUAAGGCGGAAAAGUUUAAAGGAAUGGAUGUGUUCCUCAUCGGCGGCCCAAUUCGCAUCACAUUGAGCUUAUCCCUCGCCGGAUUGAUCGGCGAGCGUUAUCGCAAGCUUAAGAACGCUAAGAACCACAAACCACGUCUUUGCUCUCCUUGCCUCCCAGUAUCCUAAAAGAACUUUCAAGAAACACCAUGACUGAUAACAGCAACAUUUCUAAUGCAUAAAACAUCACAUAGCUUUUAUGUGACCCACGGGAAGAUGUCACUACCCAUGUGUCAAAGCCCGUAAAACACAAUCGUCUCAUGCCAGAUGUUGUUUGCCUACAAUCCAAAUGUGCUUUGUUUUUGUUUUUCGCCCUCUGUCUGAAGACACCUUGAUUACACCUGUGGCAGUGGUGUUGCGUGCGUUACCAAGCGUCUGGGACAAAUAAAAAGAAUUAGCCCCAUAAGGUACAAGCACUCCCUCCAUACCACCCGUGCCCACUCCAACCAGAUAACCAGAGAACUCUAACCAAACGACUAGGAUGGAAAUGUUAUCAACACACGUUGGCCUUUUCGAGUCAUUUCUCUCCAAGAUAUCUGAAACAGUCGCCAUGUCGCAUUGCACACAAUGCAAAGGUCAAGGUUAAGAAAAAUAUAAAAAUAUAUAUAUAAAAAAUUAAAAUAAAAACAUUCCGACCCCAGAGACAUUGUAGCUUGGCACGCGUUGCAAUGAACUUUUAGGCUGCGUCCACAUUAACAUGGAAAUAAAAAAUACAAAAUAAA